GAAAAAAUUCGUGAAUUCGCCAGGAAACGUGGUCAACUUGUCACGGAUUUUCAAAAACUUUUGCAAGAAAGUGUACAGCUGUUUUCUGAUCGCAUUAUUGCUUCAUUACAACACAUUCGCGACUCAUCUGAACUUCAUGAACUGGAAAGGAGAACGCAGGACAGAGAUGAGAUCUUAAAGCAAGCUCAUGCAAGAUAUAUGGAAGUCGACAAUAAAUUUAACUCAGCUAAAUCAGAAGCAAAACGUUUGUUAAAUGAAGCUAACGCCAAAAUUGAAGAUGUCGAUGAUGAGACAAAGCUUGCACUUCAAGAAAUAAGUCAUGGAAUGUCUCUUGAAGAUCUUGAAGAUGCAGUCGCAAGUGAACGUGCCAAGGCCGAUUUGCACAUUGUUGUAAACCCUCGUGUGAUCGAAACUUAUGAACGUAGAAGAGCUGAGAUUGAAGCGCUCAAAUCUAGAUUGUCUUCCAAAACGAGAGAGUUGACAAAGCUUUCAGAUGAAUUGACGACCUUAAAAGUAAACUUUUUGGCAUGUCUACCUAGAUUAAAUGAGCUGGUGAAAAAAAUUAGUCAAGAAUUUUCAAACGCUUUCGAUCGAAUUGGAUGCGUAGGAGAAGUUCGUGUCAGUACUAAUGAAGAUUAUGAUAAAUGGGGGAUUGACAUUUUGGUGAAAUUUAGGGAUAACGAAAGACUUCAAGUACUUACCGGUCAACGUCAAUCAGGAGGUGAACGAUCAGUUUCUACAAUAAUGUAUUUAAUGUCAUUACAAGAAUUGGCAAAGACGCCAUUCCGUGUUGUUGACGAAAUUAACCAAGGCAUGGACCCACGGAACGAGCGUUUGGUGCACAGCCAAAUGGUUCAAACUGCUUGUCGUCCAAAUACUUCGCAGUAA